AUGUCUCAAGGCUCCACUUCCAUAAGGCAUUUGAGGCUAGAUGGAAGAUGGAACCUAGUAUGGUUAACGGUCGGCUCCAAAAUGGCCAGAGAGAUGGGUGCAGGAAUAUAUGAACUCAGAUCUCGAUGGAGUGGGCGAAGAUGUGAUGAUGUUGAUGAUGACGAUGACGAGGAUGAUGAGGAGGAGGCGGAGGAGGAGGAUGAGAAAGACGAGGAGGAAGAGGAGAAGGAUGAGGAGGACGACGACGACGCCGACGACGGCGACGACGAUCACGACGACGACCACAACGACGAUCACGACGACGACCACGACGACGACCACGACGACGACGACGACGAUCUGUAG